AAAACUCACAGAACUUCUCGUAAAUAAGAAAACAAAUCACUCUCGAAGCAUCAUCGAUCAUGGCGAGCCAAGAAGACUGGACCGUGAAAAUCUACGUGCUUCUUUGUGGGAUCACUCCUCCGAAGGGUGGUGGUGGUAGUGUUGGAAGGAUCUUAACAGAGAUAGCCUCAAAAAUCUUCACCACUCCAAAGGACGCACGGAUUCCCAAGACCUACGAGCAGAAGGAUCAAGAACCUAACCGUAUCAUAUUGACGGAUCGUCAGAGACAAAUUCAGAGUCAUAUGGAACCUACUAUUGAAGAACGAAUCCAGAGAGCAUUCCCACGUCACCACCCAACGCUAGCUGAACAAGUCUUAAAGAGACGUUGAACAUAGCCUAUCGGUUUUUCUUUGUGCUCUGGUUGAUUUUAGUUUUCAUAUUUGUCUCUUCUUCUCUCAUCCCAUUGAAACUUUUCUGUUACGCAACUUUAAUUAGAUGUUACUAAAAGAAGAUGAUAACAAAACCAAGAUUUUUGAGUC